UUUUAAUUAAAAUUUUCUUCCUAAUAUUUUUUUUCUGCAACAACCUUACCCUUUCGAUACAUUUUCCCGUUUCAUUCCCAAACAAAGACUCUUUAUCUUCAAAACGUCGCCAAUAGCGUCCCAUCAAACCCCAACAAAACCCCCCUCCCUACCCCUCACCAUUUCACUGUCACUUCACCAUUCCACACUCCAAUGGCGUCCCCUUCUUCUUCUUCAUCAACAUCUUCUCUUGUCGAUUCAUCUUUUAAAUUUUUUAGUUUCAUAUUGUCUUCUGUGUUGAUGAGCUUUCAUGGUGAAAAAAUUAGUGGAAUUUUGAAGCUUUGUUGCUGAGUAUAAUUGUUCUUUAUGAUGCAGCCAAAAUAUAUUAUGGCUCUACUUAAAACGACAGAAGAACGAAGGCGGGAGCAAGAUAUGAUAUAUGAAAGAAAACUUGAAAAAGAGACAAAGAAUGACGACCACCUAUAUGCAGACAAGGACAAAUUUGUCACAAGUGCUUACAAAAAGAAUUUGCAGAGCAAGCAAAAUGGAUGGAGGAAGAACGUUUGCGCAAAAUUCGAGAGGAAAAAGAGGAUGUUACCAAGAAGACUGACUUGAGUGAUUUUCACUUCAGCCUUGGAAAAAAUGUUGCUUUUGGCGCAAGAGAUGCUGAGCUAAGGAAACAAGAAAAGCAGGACGGGUUAAGGAAGGCAGAAAAGCAUGGUGUUGAAACGCAUGCGACAACAUUAGACAAGAAAGGGUCAUCAAACGCCUCAAAUUCAGUAUCAGAGUCUUCAAGGGUAAGAGAGGAACACCGAGGUGAAACUUCUAUUUCUGAAAGAAGUGAGUCCUCUGAGGUGAAGACAGUUUCAAAAACAACACUAGCGGGGUCCUCUGAAGUGAAGCCAACUUCAAACAUGACAGUGCCUGAGAAUUCUUCAGUUGGACAGGCACCAGCUGAACAACCGAAAACUCACCAUCAUAAAAGAAGUGAAGAUGCUGUGGCUGCAGCAAAAGAACGCUUCCUGGCACGAAAGAGGGCAAAAAAACAAUAAAAGCUUUACUAUGUGAAUGUCAUUAAAUGCUUUCAAAACUAAUUAGUGCUGUACUUUUUUAUUUUAUCUCGUAGUCUAAGUGAUCUCCUUGUGGCUC